AUGGCUACAAAGCUCCCACGAACGCAGGUAGCUUUCGCUUGCUUGAUCGAUGCGACGCAUUUUUACACUGUCUGCUCGCUCUUCAGUUACGCUGGUAUCCUAUGUGCUGACCUUGGGUGGGUCCCUGACCGAAACGAAGCUGGCUAUUUGGCCGGAUGGUUGCAGUCCUCAAACGUCUUUGGACGCAUGCUGUCAUCUUCAAUCUGGGGUUACGUUGCUGCACGUCACGGCUUCGACGUCGUCUUGGUUGUUACCUUGACGUCCCUCCUGGUGGGUGGUCUGUUGUUCGGGUUUUGCAAAUCGCUUGUACUUGCCAUGCUGGUCCGCUUUAUGUUCUUUGGCCUGACACACGGCUGGGUUGCCAUCAUGGGCCCAUACUGCGCGAGUGUCGCCGGGGACAAGCGCCAACAAGACGUGAUUGGCAUUGUCAUCGCGGUGGGGACAGGGAUGCAGCUUGUGGGGCCUGCCGUCUCCGGUUGGACCUAUGGCCUCGUUCCCAGCUUCCCAGCGCUGGUUCCAAGUCUGCUCGGUGCUCUCCUGGCCUUGGUGUCCAUCUCCCUCUACUCUCUGCUGCACUGCAGGGCGUCGACGGGGAAGUCGUCGGAGCCUUCGGAGCAGACGGAGAGAGCAUCUGCUAGGGAGGAGACGACGACUUCGAGGCGCUCGAUGCGACGGACGCUCCGGAGGUGGCCCAUCCCGCUGGUGAUUUUCAUGCGCUUCUGCCAGGGAUUCGCACAAUUCGCCAUCUUCGAAGUUGCUCCACUGUGGAUGAUCUCGGACAGGGCAGUUGGAGGCUUGCAGAUGUCCGAAAAGCAGGUGGGUGUUCUGCUUGCUCGAUCUGGCCUUUGGAACAUCGUCUACUUCUCCUUGGUGUUGCCCACAUUGACGACAAGGCUUGGUGGACGAUGCACUUCCAUCAUCGUGAGUGUCUUCGGCACCAUAUUUUCGGCUUUGUUGCCGUUCUGCGCCAGCGAGCUGACAGCCAAUGUGGCGCACUUGCUUGCGACAUCCGCCUUGCUAUCGCAAGCUGCGAUGCUGCUGGUCUUCACGAACAAUGCUGUUGGUGCAGCAGAUCGUGCCAUUGUAAGUGGCUUGGCUGUGACGAUAGACACCACUGGUAAGGCAAUUGCCCCGAUUGCAACGUCCACGCUCUUCGCUUGGUCAAUCAAUGCAUGGGGCCUGGCGGGUCAUGGACUCGUCUUUUACAUUCUGGCCGGGCUCUCCUUGGUGAACCUCCUUUGCACUGCGCUGCUGCCGGCUUCGGUGGAGAACGAUCCCGGCCCUCCGGUGCCCAGGGGCGGUGCUGGCACGGAGUCCAGCGAAGGGACCAUCUACGGCGCUUCUGAGUCCAAUGAGAGCUCAGAUAGCGCCGACUCGGACGCCAGAUGCUAA